AUGAAUAAUUCUUUCACUGGCCAGCUUGAAAUUGGGGCAAAGAUGCUUCCGAACACGACAUAUCUUAAUUUAGCCAGAAAUCAUUUUGAAGGUGAUCUUCUCUUUUCUGCUGGCGAUGACUGUAAAUUGAUCGCUUUAGAUUUGUCUCAUAACAACUUUUCAGGGGAAGUUCCAGAGAGACUGCUUUCAAAUUGCAUUUCCUUGGGCUAUUUGAGGUUAUCUCAUAAUAAUUUUCAUGGUCAGAUAGCAUUGUUUAACUUGACUCGAAUUGAUGAUUUGGAUUUGAAUGACAACCAAUUUCAAGGAAUCCUAUCAAGUUUAUUCACCAAUUUUAGUCAUCAAAGCUAUGGCCCAAAGGUGUUACAUUUGAGCAACAAUCGAUUGCACGGUGAGAUUCCACACUGGAUCGGUAACUUCACGGGAUUGGGAUAUCUCAACUUGCGCGAUAAUCUUUUUCAAGGUCAGAUUCCAUGCCAACUUCUUUCAACAAGAAUAGAGUAUCUAGACCUUUCUUAUAAUUCUUUUUCUGGAUUGUUACCUUCUUGCUUCAAUGGAAGUUCUUUGCAACAAAUAAAUUUGCAAGGUAAUAGAUUCAGUGGUUCAAUACCUGAAGCUUUGCUUAAUAUCUCAACACUGAACUUAUUAGACUUAAGCGACAACGAGUUGUCGGGCACCAUUCUUAAUAAAUCUGAUGAGAAUUUAAGUGGUUUACUAGUUCUUUUAUUACGAGGAAAUCAUUUCAAUGGCUUCAUUCCAAAUUGGUUGUGUCAUCUGAAUGAUGUCAACUUAUUGGAUCUUUCAAGGAACUCUUUUUCUGGGUCUAUACCCCAUUGCUUAUAUAAUCUCUCAUUUGCAAGGGAAGGAGAAGGAAAUCUCUAUAAUCUCACAUUCAGCGACACAGUUUUUAAAUGGGAGAUAGAAUAUGGGGGUAGAAGCGAAACUUACUUUGAUAACAGAGUUUAUUUUGAUGCCGAGGUUGAUGAAGAAAGUGAGUUUGUUACAAAAUAUAGAGCCCACACAUAUAAGAAUAAGGCCCUUAAUUUAAUGUCUGGAUUAGAUUUGUCAGAUAAUAAUCUUACGGGUGAAAUUCCAGAUGAAUUUGGAGUGCUAUUUCAAAUUCAUGCAUUAAAUUUAUCACACAAUCAAUUGACAGGAUCUAUCCCGAGAUCUUUUUCAAAUUUAUCCCAAAUAGAAAGUUUGGAUCUCUCUUACAACAUUUUAAGCGGACAAAUUCCAGUAGAAUUGAUCGAUCUAAACUUUCUGGAGGUAUUUAGCGUGGCCCAUAACAAUUUAUCAGGUAGAAUUCCAGACAUGAAAGGACAGUUCAGUACAUUUGAGAGUAAAAGUUAUGAAGGAAACCUAUUUCUUUGCGGAACUCAAGUGGGAAGAAAAUGCCAUGAUGAUAAUGAUGAACCAUCUCCAUCACAAAUGGAGUCACCAAAGUCACCACAAGAAGCAAGUGGAAAUUGGUACGAAAUUGAUCGCGAGAUUUUUCUUUCAUUUAAAUGGAAAGAUAAGGGGAAAGAAAAGGGGCAUACAGCAGCACCACCAUGA